AGGUUUGUUGUGGCUGAGGGGAGGUCGGCUAAACCAGGGAAGUCAGGAUUGGAGCCUCUAGCUUUUGAGGGUUUAUGUGUGCAUGGGUGGGGUAACGGUUUGGUACCCGACGCCCCCACCCGCAGAGACUAGGCUAUAAAUAGCGAGGCAGAGCUCCGCCCCCCCCCCCCAGCCAGCCUCUCUCCUCCCGAGCCGGCGCUGUGCCCGGGGCGCACCGGGAGGAGGGACCAGGAUUCUGUGCCCAGGCGCAGAUACUGACACCAAGGGAAUCCGGGUGCCCCCCCUCACGCCAUGUGGGCCCCCAGGAACCGGGCUCCGCCACCCCAGCUAUCCAGUGGCCCUGGCCUCAGUGCUGGCCCGGCGGAGAUUCUGCGGACAGACAGGUCCCAAACGCAAGCUGCCUCCCUCCCCCCAUUCAAAUUAUGGGGCUGUGGCAACCUAAAAGAGGGACUGGCUUCGUCACUGAGCCCUCAGACCUCUGCCAGCCACCACCCCCACACCCCUAGCCACCCUUGACAGGUCCUAGUCCCGGCUCCAUCGGUGCUUCCGCCCAGCGGCAGCUAUGCUGCACACCGAGGGCCACGCUCUUCUUCGGGCCGUGGGUCAGGGUAAGCUACGCUUGGCCCGUUUGCUUCUGGAGGGGGGCGCCUACGUGAAUGAGGGUGAUGCCCAAGGGGAGACUGCGCUAAUGGCAGCCUGUCGGGCCCGCUACGACGACCCCCAGAACAAGGCGCGCAUGGUACGCUACCUCCUGGAGCAAGGCGCGGACCCCAACAUCGCAGAUCGCCUAGGACGCACGGCCCUCAUGCACGCUUGCGCGGGCGGUGGGGGCGCCGCCGUGGCCUCUCUGCUUCUUGCCCAUGGCGCAGACCCCUCAGUCCGAGAUCACGCGGGCGCCUCGGCGCUUGUCCACGCCCUGGACCGCGGGGAUCGCGAGACCCUUGCCACGCUGCUGGACGCCUGUAAGGCCAAAGGCACGGAGGUCAUCAUCAUCACCACCGACACCUCGCCCUCGGGCACCAAGAAGACCCGGCAGUAUCUCAAUUCCCCACCGUCCCCGGGGGUAGAGGACCCAGCUCCCGCUCCUCCUAGCCCAGGGGUCUGCACGUCGCCUUCGGAAAUCCAGCUGCAGACCGCAGGAGGAGGAGGACGGGGGUUGUUAUCCCCUCGCGCCCAGGAAGAAGAGGAGAAGCGGGACGUAUUUGAAUUCCCUCUUCCUAAACCCCCCGAUGACCCCUCCCCUUCUGAGCCACUCCCCAAACCACCCCGUCAUCCUCCAAAACCACUCAAAAGGCUCAACUCCGAGCCCUGGGGCCUAGUGGCGCCUCCUCAACCGGUCCCACCCGCCGAAGGGAGGCCGGGGAUCGAGCGCCUGACCGCCGAAUUCAACGGCCUGACCCUGACAGGUCGACCGCGUCUUUCCAGACGUCACAGCACUGAAGGCCCAGAGGACCCGCCCCCGUGGGCGGAGAAAGUGACGGGUGGGGGUCCUCUCUCGCGCCGAAACACCGCGCCAGAAGCUCAGGAGUCUGGCCCUCCUUCCGGGCUGAGACAGAAACUGAGCCGCAUGGAGCCUGUGGAGCUCGAUACCCCCGGAAAUCUUUGCCCCGACUCGCCGGAGUGCAGCCGCUUGUCCCUGGAGCGCCGCCGAUACAGCGCCUCCCCGCUGAGCCUCCCACCAGCCGGCUCGGCUCCCUCCCCGCGCCAGUCCCAAGAGAGUCUGCCUGGGGCUGUGUCUCCACUCAGCGGGCGGAGGCGGAGUCCAGGGCUGCUGGAGCGGAGGGGCUCGGGGACGUUGCUCCUGGACCACAUCGCCCAAACGCGGCCUGGUUUCCUGCCCCCGCUCAAUGUCAGCCCCCACCCUCCCAUUCCCGACAUUCGCCCCCAACCCGGAGGUCGGGCGCCUUCGCUGCCCGCCCCUCCCCAGGCAGGGGCGCCAGGCUCUCCCAGGACCAAGCGCAAGUUGGUGAGGCGCCACUCCAUGCAGACUGAGCAGAUCCGCCUGCUAGGGGGCUUCCAGAGUCUAGGCGGGCCUGGGGAGCCCGGCCGCUGAGAGGAGUGAGAGGAGCCAAGAAGGGUGGGGAUCAGGACCUUGAUGGGACAGAUGGGAGAACCAGCUCACACACACACCACGGACAUAGGGGUCUCUUGCAUGUGCUCAUGGGCACGGUGCACACACACAUGGGUAAACAUGUGUCCACAAGCACAGUACCCAUAUUUGCAGGGAAGGGUAAGUACUCUAUUUAUUGGGCAUAUAGACAUGCAUUCAUGCCCUGGUCACUUCACAUGCAUAUGGAAAUUACUUGUGUACCCACAGGCACGACACACACAGGGCCACUUGUGCUAGGGCCCCAAAAGGGUCCCAAACUCACUUGCAUUUGUUCAAAAGCAGUAGUGAGCCCCUAUUUAUGGGGUAGUCUCAAAUCUCUUUACCCUCCUGCAAUAGCAAUCCCUUGCUUUCCAUGUAUGCCCUGCAACACAGCCCGCUCAUAAUUUUGGACACUCCACCCUCUUCUGAAUCUCCACCCCAUCUGCAGGUCUUGCUUCUCUCUCCAGGACUGGCUUCUUGUUCACACCCUGCUUCCAGCCCUAAACACUUUUCAGGAUAUCUUCUUUACUAUCCUUAGGGGUUUCCUGCAGCAAUCCUAAGCCUCAGUUCUGCUGCUGCCCUUCCUGCUUUCAGCUUUACUUCUUAACUUCCUGCUUUUUCUUCCCACCCUGUUGCCCCAACCAAUACAACAGGUUGUCUCCUUUUCCCAGGGGGUUGGUCAUGGGCUCUAAGCUGCUCUUCUGUCAGAGCUUAUGAACACCCCCACAGGUAGAAGUGGGGAGUAACCCUAAAUCACUUCUCUCUCCACUUGACAUAUCAAAUAAAUGUGUUCAGAA